AUGCCUACCCCAUCAAUCCCGUGGUCGAUUUAUCGAGAUCUCUGGACACCGAUGCCAGCGGGUCCAAAAGGACCUUAUUUAGCUGGCAAGAUAGUUGUCAUCACAGGAGCUACAUCAGGUAUUGGACUCGAAGCUAUUAAACAGCUUGCUAAAGCUUCCCCUGAACAAUUGAUCCUUGCUGCUCGGUCUAUUGAAGCUGGAGAGAAAGUUUUGAAUGAUUUGAAAAAAGCUCACCCAAAUAUCAAAGGAAAAGUCAUCUAUCUUGACUUGAUGAAACUCGAAAGUUUCAAAUCUUUUGUAGAGGAACUCAAAGCUUUCGAUAGGGUGGAUUUACUCAUCAAUAAUGCUGGAAUCAACCCAAUGUUUGAAGAAGCACCAUACAAGUCUACUGAAGAUGGAUAUGAAAGAACGUUCCAAGUGAAUGUUCUUGCUCCACUUCUCUUGACUUUGAUGCUCGUUCCUCAAUUGACCAAAUCGUCCGAACCAAAAGUCAUCUAUUCGGGAUCUGAUGGACAUCUCGUGGCUGACUCGGAUCUGAUUGAAACCUCUAUAAGCAAUAAUGAAUCAAUCGUGAAGGCAUACAAUGAUGCUGGAAAGUACCAAAAUCCAAAACGAUAUUUCGAGUCCAAGCUACUUCUUCAGAUGACCACUAGAAGUCUUAUAAAAUACCUUCCCUCAAUAUCGACUAUAAACGUUAAUCCAGGUUUGGCAAUGACGAACCUCGGUCGUGAAUGGGUACCUAUAAUCACAUUUGAAACAUUCCGUACUAUCGUCUGGGUUAUGUUCAAUACCAGAACCGUUGGUAAAGCAGCCAGGAACUUGACUUCAGCAGCAGCUUGGCAAGGUGGUAGUCAAGAUUACUGGACGGGAGGUGUCCCUGCCGCUUCAGAGAACCUGUAUCUGUACUCUGGUAAAGGUGUUAAAGCGACUCAACAAUUCUUUGAAGAGAUGCUUGAGGAGGUAGAAAAGAUUAGUCCUGGUUGUACAUCCGAUAUCAGUUUGAAGCAAUGA